AUGACUUCGCCUAUUUAUGCCACUACUACAACAACUACAACUACUACAACUACUACCACCAUAAUAUCAAGCAUUCUUUCAUCUUCGCCUCCACCACCAAUGUCUCAAUCUUGGGAAAUCAUACAAAAUACGAUAGCUCAAAAUGUAUUGUAUUUGUUGAACUUAUUGGAGGUUUUACCAGGUGGUCAAAUUAUAGUUAGGUACAUUAAGUCUUCCUACCAAAAUGAUCCAGUAAGAUCCUUAUUUGAAUACUGUUUAUUCAUCUUUGCAUUAACUUAUUUUUUCACUUCCAAAAAGAAGGAAAAUAAAUCAGAAUUUGUCAAAUUUACUAAACUGGAGAUUGAUGAACUUUGUGCUGAAUGGGUACCUGAACCUUUGGUUGAGCCCGUGACUGAAUUGGAAGCUUGGAACCUCAAAGCUAUUCCUGAAGUCAAGGGUUUCAAUGGCUCUCAUAUUGAACUUGUCAAUCCCAAUUUUAAGGAAACCUGCCAUGAUUCACUGAUUGUUAAUCUUGUGAAGCAGGAUUUCCUCGACUUGAAUAGUAAUGCAAAAAUUAAACAAGUUGCCAAGAUGGAAAUUGAGUUUGCUGGUGUUGGUGCUUGUGGACCGCCAAAUUUUUAUGGAACUCAGGAUGUACAUGUCAGAUUAGAGGAAGACUUAACUGAAUACUUGGGAACAGACCAAGCCAUCAUUUAUGGUCAGGAUUUUGUUACUGCUAGUUCCGUUCUUCCUGCAUAUUUGAAAAGGGGCGAUUUAUGUGUUGUUGAUAGAAAUGUCAACCUUGCUAUUCAAAAAGCCUUGAUUGUUAGUCGUGUUGACCUCGAAUGGUAUGACCAUAAUGAUAUGGAACAUUUGGAACAAAUUUUGACUCAGUUGAAACCAAUUUUAGAUAAACAAAAACCCCUUAGAAGAAGAUUCAUCAUCACAGAAGGACUCUUUGCCAAUACUGGAGACCUAGCCAACUUGCCUAAAAUUGUUGAAUUGAAGAAUAAAUUCAAAUAUAGAUUGUUUUUGGAUGAAUCAUUAUCCAUUGGAGUGUUGGGAAAUACGGGUAAAGGGUUGACGGAACAUUAUGGAAUUUCGAGAGAUGAAGUUUCAAUCACCAUUGGAUCAAUGGCUAAUUCUUUUGCAUCCUCAGGUGGUUUCUGUGUUGGUGUUGAACCAAUGAUUCAUCAUCAAAGAAUUUCAUCAAAUGCAUACGUCUUUAGUGCUUCCUUGCCACCAUAUUCGGCCAAAGUCACAUCCCAAGCAAUUAAAGAAAUCAACAUUGUUGAACCAAAGACUGGUAAAUCAAAGAUUAUGACUCAACUUCACCAAAGAACAAUCUUCGCAUAUGAUGCACUUCUAUCUAGUUUGAAAGAUGUCCCCAUGACCAUUACUUCAGUGCCACAAUCGCCAAUGAUUCAUUUGACAUUCACAGAGUUGUAUAGAUCGCAAUUGAACUUACCAUUGUUGUAUGGAAAUUCAAAUUUUGUCACCAAGGGAAAACCGGCCAAAUUUUUAAAUCCCUUCGAUGAAUAUUUGAACCUUGAAAACUUUAUGUUACAGAAAAUCAUUGACUACGUAUUGAAACAUGGUAAGAUCUUAUUAACAAGAAGUAAACUCAUCUUGGAGCAUGAGGAUUUACCAGUCUUGCCACCUCAAUUACUUAUCAACAUCAAUGUUGGUGUAUCAGAUGAGGAGUUGGGGAGAUUGGCCGAGAUAUUACCAAAAGCAAUUGACGAAGUUGUGUCAACUGUUACCAAUGAAGAUGAGCUUUUUGAAUUAACCAAUGAACUCAUUAACUAUUGA